AUGUUCAAUAAGUGGGGGUACGGCGUCCCCGGUCCCAACGCCACGGUGAUAAGUCGGGCUCCUGGUCUCAAACUGGUGGUGGAGACUCUGAUCACUUCUCUCAGACCCAUCGGGAAUAUCGUCCUCAUCUGCUGUGCUUUUUUCAUUGUGUUUGGAAUUCUGGGAGUCCAGCUGUUUAAAGGGAAGUUCUUCCACUGCGAGGGGCUGGAUGUGAGCAACAUCACCAAUAAAACCCACUGCCUGGGGUCGGGAUACAGAUGGGUUCGACGGAAAUACAACUUUGACAACAUAGGACAGGCGCUGAUGUCGCUGUUUGUUCUGUCAUGUAAAGAUGGAUGGGUCAGCAUCAUGUAUGACGGCCUGGACGCUGUCGCAGUGGACCAGCAGCCAAUAAGAAACAACAACCCCUGGAUGCUGCUGUUUUUCAUCUCUUUCCUCCUCAUCGUCAGCUUCUUUGUGCUCAACAUGUUUGUGGGCGUGGUGGUGGAAAACUUUCACAAGUGUCGCCAGCAGCAGGAGGAGGAGGAGGCGCGGAUUAGGGAGGAGAAACGACUGAAACGGCUGGAGAAGAGGAGGAGAAGGGCCCAGGAGAAGCCAUAUUUCGCUGACUAUUCCCCGUUGCGUCGAUCCAUCCACACCGUGUGCACCAGCCACUACCUGGACCUCUUCAUCACCAUCAUCAUCUUCACAAACCUCAUCACCAUGAGCAUGGAGCACUACAACCAGCCUAAGUACUUCGAGGAGAUACUGAAGUACUGCAAUUACGUCUUCACUGUGGUUUUUGUCAUCGAGACCAUUCUCAAACUCCUCGCUUUUGGGCUGCGCCGCUUUUUCAAAGAGAGAUGGAACCAGUUGGACCUCGCCAUUGUGUUGAUGUCCAUCAUGGGAAUCGCUCUGGAGGAAAUAGACCUGAAUGCUUCCCUCCCCAUCAACCCCACCAUCAUACGCAUCAUGCGCGUCUUAAGGAUAACAAGAGUGCUGAAGCUGUUGAAGAUGGCUACAGGAAUGAGAUCUCUGUUGGACACGGUGAUGCAAGCGCUGCCUCAGGUGGGGAAUCUGGGUCUGCUCUUCAUGUUGCUGUUCUUCAUCUAUGCAGCUCUGGGAGUUGAGCUCUUUGGAAAACUGGAGUGUUCAGACGAUAACCCAUGUGAGGGCCUCAGUCGCCACGCCACCUUUGACAACUUCGGCAUGGCUUUUCUCACACUCUUCAGGGUGUCUACCGGGGACAACUGGAAUGGGAUUAUGAAGGAUACGUUGCGAGAGUGUCGUCCUCAUGAACGCCACUGCCUCACCUACCUUCCUCUGAUCUCCCCUGUUUACUUCGUGACCUUCGUCCUUACGGCUCAGUUCGUGCUGGUCAAUGUGGUUGUGGCCGUUCUGAUGAAGCACCUCGAGGAGAGCAACAAGGAGGCUGCGCUGGAGGAGAUGGAGGAGAGGAAGGAGAAGGAGGAGAUGAAGGAGAGGGAGGAGAUGAAGGAGAGGGAGGAGAGGGAGGCGGCCUGCCGGCGACUCAGUUCUGCGUUUGUCGGUGGAGAGCAUCCUAACGUGGACACACCUGCCCAGGUGCAGGUUGAGGAUGAGGAUUGUUCCCAUGGCAACCUGCUGAGCAUAGGACGCAAGCCGUCUCUCCCCAGCGACAGCUACGCUCAGCCACUCAGAUGCUCCCCCUAUCCUCCCAUCUGCCACGAGGCGUACUCCGGCUACAGCUACUCAGGCUCCAUGACCUCUCUGUGCUCCAGUGGAGCCGGCUCCAUGCUGCAGGUUCCCGGAGCUCUGCCGGCCUUCAGCCACGCCUCGCUGGGGGUCGGACGCAGCUCCAGGCCAAAGAUCUGCCUCAGCAACGCUCAGAGCAUCGACAAACACUUCUCACACAGACUCACCCCUGCUGACAGCAUCGAGGGGUACAGGUCGAGUCCGGCUCACGGAAUAAACCGGCACAGACUCAGCUCUGCUCACAGCAUAGAUGGAUACAAGCUGAGCCCGGCCCAUCGAAUAAACAGACACAGACUCAGCUCCACUCGCAGUAUGGACGGUUACAGGCACCAUCCAGACAGCAACGCAGACAGACCUCAACUCACCUCCAGCCACAGCAUAGACAGACAACCCUCUCUCAGACUGAGUCCCGCCCACAGUGCCAGCAGACAUUCUUCUCGGUGGCUCAGUCCUGAAGAAAGUUUGGACCGAAACAUGCUGAGCCCCUCUUAUGUUCCCGAUAACUCGGGCCUGAAGAGACCAGCAUCCUUCCGCAGAGCAAGCAAAGUGUUACAGAGACAGGCGGCUGUGCGCUGUGACUCUAUGGAUCAGAGCGGUUCAACGGACGACUUGGCAGAGCCUCCCCUCACUGUGACCGCUGUCUCUUCCACACCACCACGCCAGAGAUCUUCUAGUGUACACACACUGAAAUUCACACACCCCCAGAGGGUCAUCUCAUGCAGGAGCAACAGCCGGAGCAAUAGUGAAACCACUGGGCAAGAACAUGUACCCGAGCAGGCCAUCUGUGGCUCUCGGCCAGGAGCAGAUGUGGAGAAGAGGCCUGUCAGCCCACAGAGACCCUCCAGCCUGAAGGUGCCCAGCUGUGAAUCCACCUCAUCGAAGACCCUCUGCAGAGCGGCCAGCCUCAGCCCGGACCCCGGCCCACAGUCAGACACCGCAGACGAGGAAGUCGGCCACAUUAACAGUUCCGAUCACUCACACUCACAACUCCCUCCUGGCUCCCCACACAAAAGCAGACACCUUACCCCUAGCCCCGUGGAGCACAGGAGUCGCCUCAGCCAAUCAGUGUCUCCGGUGUCGGGCAGGAACAGGAAGCAGAGGGUGAGCCCACCGCCAGGAGAGGAGCCCAUUACUAUGGCAACCCAGGUGAUGGACAGCAGUUCUGAGCUGAGGAGGCGGACUCUGUCAUUUGACGCCACAACCCCCUCUCCUAAUCAGCCAGAGGGGGGUUCUGUGGACGACUGAAUAAAUGAUCAUAUUGUUGAAGAGGAGGAGCCUGAUGUGCUGCCGAAGCACACGAAGGGCGGGAGUUACAGUCCGAAACAGGAAGGAUACCUGUUUCCUGUUAUGGGCACAUCUCCUCGUCCCCUCCCUUCCAAUCACAAGAGUUUCACAGGGUGAUUGAGCAGAAAUAUUUCCGACUGUGUGUGUAUGAGUGUGUAUCUGUUCAAAGACUUUACCCGUUGUGCUUUCUGCACAAAACAUGCACAUAAGAAGACGUUUCCUUUUCUUCUAUCAUAGUCCUAGCUUUAGUUGAGACAUAGUUGUCCCGCCCCCGCUAUAUUUACUCAAACAUUAACCUUCCCCUUGCUUGCUCUCCUUCUUCUGCCCUCACUCCCAUCCUUUUUACGCACCUCAAGCCUAGGUCAGAGUACAAGACAAAAUUACCUGAAAUAUGCAGCACAGUUACAGUUUCUGACUAAUCUGCUCAUGUACACAUGUGUUAAAAAACAAUAACACAGAAAAUAACUUCUUUUAAAUAGCGACUAAUCUGCAGAUUAUUUCUUUAAGUAAUCAUGAAUCUUUUUGGUCUAUCUAUUAAAGAGUGAAAAUGGUUUGCAACACACUGAUUCACAUUUGAGAAGAAAUGUAGUAACAAUCUAAAUAGUUGCAUUUUUUUUUGAAUGAUACACCAGUUAAUCAAACUGUCUUUCAGCUCUACAUACAGCAUCUUAUUAAGAUUUACAUUUGAAUUUGCCAGAACUGUUUACUUUUUAGUAAAAAUCCCUUCUUUUAUUCUCUGUGGUGCGAAAAUUACAGUUUAUGUUUACAAAACAAAUUGAGUUUUAAGUGAAAAACUCACAAAAGCUAAAGAUAACAAAUAAUUUUAUAUUAAAAAGCUUCAUUUUUAAUUGCACGCUUAUGUAGAUUGGUGCAGGCACACUUUAUUAGAGAAUUAUUGCUCCAAAAAUUCUAAUUGUACAGCAACUUGUUGAAUCUUAUUGAGUGGAUGUUUUUUUUUUUUAAAUAUGACCCUUUUCGUACCUCUUAACUAACAGUAUUUUUUCCGGUCUAAUCAAACAUGGACAUUUUGUGACAUUUAAGAAGCCUCCCCCUCCUGAAUCCAUCGAGUCAGAAAAAUCAAUUUGCGCUUAGAGCCUCUUAGUUAGAGUAGUGUGACCUCAGCUUAGUAGUUUCUACCUCUCUUUUUCCUGAUCCCACCCAUUUGAAUGUUCAGUCAGCUUAGUUUCUCACCCCCCUCACUUUCCUUUUAUCCGUCUUAGUAUUCUCAGGGUAGAGGUAGUUCAGACGCAGGUGAGUAUGACGCAUGUGAUCACAGGUCUGCAGAGUUAGAUUACCCCCCUGUUGUCUGAAUCUGGAGCUGGCCCGUCUCGCCAUGACAUUUGAAGAGAUUUUAUUGCUCGGGUCUAAGGGUGAAAUUCAGUAAGAAACAGAAGGGCUUAUUCAGGUGAUAUAACGGUGUGUAAAACUUUGUAGAAACAAGGCUAAGAUUAUAUUUUAUUAACAAAGCGGCAAUGAUGUGAGAACUACAAAGGUGAAUUUCUACAUGUCUGAAUGUCAAUUUAUCUGCUGAUGAUGGUGGCAAUGAAGAUGAUUGAUUAUGAUAUCAGUGUAAUGGGAUGCUGAUUUUAAAGAUGAUGAUGGUGAUGAUGAUGAUGAUGAUAAUCCUGACUCUGGGUGAUGCGAAUGUUCAUAAUAUAGUAUAAUGUUCCUGUAGGCUGAAAGCAGUGAAUGAUGGUAAGUUCACCUGCAGUAACAUGACUGGACAGUGUUGGAAUAAAACCACUUCCUGUCUGACUUUUA